GACACAGAACCCCAGUCCGUGGCUGGAAGGUGGAGGGCGCUCUGUCGCACGCACGUCAAGAGUCUGAUAGAAAGGGGGGAGGCUCAAACGCAACGGCUCUUCCAGACCCUCUCCGUCGUCAUCGCGGACGUUCUGAUCUUGUGCGGCGCCAUCGGUACGUGGGAUGGCGUGUUGGAGGCGGUCGUGCGCGACUUCGAGGCCGAGCUCUACGAGGUCGUGAAUCUCGCUCUCAGGUUCCAGUGGACCGCGGGUGAAUGCGUCAUCUCGCGGGACUUCGUCGUGUACGUGGCAGACUCGGACGCGAUAUACGACCCUACGCGCAUGGAUAGCGAUAAUGCGGAACUGCUCAAGGCACCUUCAGCUCGCGCUCCUUCCAGGACCGUGCUCUGUACUACUCACCUGGGACUCCUAUCUGAGACGAAGGUGGGAGGAAGGGAAAGGGAUAAUGGAGGGAAAGUUCGGACAACGGUCCUCACCAAGGCCAAAGUUGUCCUGAAGAGCGAUAACGAGGUGCGCUACAAUUAG